UGUACGUUCCACCUCGCCUGAGGGAUACGUCUUUCAAAAGCAUCCCUCAGAAGAGGUGGAACAUACAUCCUCCCUAUAUGAAUUCUCGAGAGAGAUUGAGAGUUUCCAGCCCUGUUAUUGGCUUAUCAACAGCCAAUCAGGAGUGUCGUAAGGGACUGGCCUAGACAUCAAAUGCACGGCUGAUGUGAAUCUACCAUAGUACCUGAGUAGGUGACGCGUAGAUAAGCCAAAGUAGCACCUGUUAGCAGAUGUCCAAGAAUGUCUGUAGAACUGACUGCUUAGGAUGCACAGUAGGCAGUUAAGAAGCUGAAGCAUGGAAAGACACCAGGAACUGAUGAGCUUAUAAUAAGACGUUCAACAUGCAGCGUAGCACAGCCUCCCAGAGGACUUCAUGUCUAUUGAUUGUCUACAUAAUUCUCCAUGUGGGGGUAAUUACUCAGGCAAAAGAACCAGUCAUCUCUCAGGAUUCUGUUAUAUCUGAUAUCUCUCAUGUCUCAUCUAGCAAUACUACAUACCGCAACUUUUAUGGUUCUAAAGACAAUAAUAAACCUAAUUUCCCUAAAACAAUGCCUAGAAUUAUUCCGUGCCCGGAGGCUGGUGAUAUCUGGCCAUGUGAAUGCUACCCAAUUGACAACACCACAAUGGACAUCAACUGCUCAAAUGUAACGAGUGAGGGCCAACUCAGGUACGUCUUCAGUAGAGAAUUCCCAUUUCAAAACUUCAGGAACUUCAUCAUCCGCGGAAACUUUCACGUGAAUGCCCUGCGAGAGGGAGACCUGGGACCUUGCUCCUUCGUCAGUAUAGAUAUCAGAGACUCAGCACUGAUUAUAAUCGACAACUUAGCCCUGGAGAGAAGCUACAACACCUUAGAGGCACUCGUUCUGAUCAACAACAACAUCAGGUAUAUUCCAGACAUUUCACCCUUCAGUCGUCUGAAUAGACUUGAUUUCCAGUAUAAUGCACUGACAGAGUUUCCUUUCUUAAACUCUUCAACACUUCAGACGCUCAUUCUUCGUGGAUUUCCCUUUGAAGUGAUUCCUCCUACAGCAACGUUGUAUUUGCCAGCCCUUGCAUAUGCUGACUUUGCCUAUUGCCACCUGACAGAAAUAUCUCCUGGGACCUUCACCCAAAAUGCACAGCUCUCCUACCUCGAACUGGGUAGCAACCGAUUGACAUCGAUUCCAAGAGACACCUUUCGCUUGAACGGUACAAAUAACACACUGCUCCUACAGUAUAACCAGAUCAACGACGUGCACCCUGAUGCCUUUUCUGGCAUCACUGGAAAACUGACAAUGAAUUCCAACAGACUCCAAGAACUGCAGGAGGAAAUCUGGAGGCCCUUGCUCGAUGCGAAUGUCAUGCUUUAUAUAGCAGGGAACUCCUUCACAUGUGGCUGUGACAUAGCUUGGAUUAUCCUGAACCCAACGCUCUUAUAUCGAGUCCAUGAUGAGGCAACGUGUUUCACAGGUCAGAAGUUUGUCGAGCUGGAUCCUGCGUGGUAUAUAAACAUGUGCUAAGGAAUAUGGAUGUAUCAGAAACCCUGUGAAAAGACAUAAAAUCGAUGUACCUCAUGGGAAGAAUAAAAUAAACAAACAAUGCCAGAAAACCAUAAUUAUAAACAAGAAUCCA